AGAUGAUUCAUGGACAGAAUGGCGAUCAGAUGUUUUGUAUGAUGGUUAUUUCUUAUGUCAUCCAAGGAUCCAAGUAAAGUUUUGAUAGUGCCAAAUUUAUUAUAGUUAUCUUUAUCUCAACUGUUAGUUAUUUAUUUGUGCGAUCAAUUUGUUCUUCAAUUAAAAAUACAUCUUUAAUACUGUUAAUCUCCACUGCUAAAAACAAACUAACCAAUGUUUCGAUCUGCAAGUAACUUUGAAAAAUUACUGGACAAAGCAACCAGUAAUCUGAGGCUAGAGCCAGACUGGCCCACUAUUUUGCAGUUAUGUGAUUUAAUUCGGCAAGGAGAUGUCCAGUCCAAGCAAGCCUUAGCCCACAUCAAGAAGAAAAUGUUGCAUGAAAAUCCACAUGUGGCGUACUUUGGAUUACUGGUUCUGGAGUCUUGUGUGAAAAACUGUGGCAGUAUAAUACACGAUGAAAUCGGCACCACAACAUACAUGAAUCAGCUGAGGGAACUGUUGAAAUCCACCACGCAGGAAAAGUUGAAAAACAAAAUCCUGGAAUUGAUUCAAGCCUGGGCCUUCGCGUUCCGGAAUUCUCCCAAGUACAGAGCUGUGCAAGACACAAUGAACAUCCUGAAGGCUGAGGACCACAAGUUUCCGCCGCUAAAGGAGAGCGACGCCAUGUUUUCGGCAGAUACGGCGCCGGAGUGGGCAGACGGCGACUGCUGUCAUCGGUGCCGUGUUCCCUUCUCUAUCAUGCAACGCAAGCAUCAUUGCAGGGCGUGUGGCCAGGUGUUCUGUGGACAGUGUUCUUCCAAGCAGUGCACUUUGCCGAAAUUCGGAAUAGAAAAGGAGGUCCGAGUGUGCGAUACCUGUCUCGCCAAUAACAGUACCAAAUCUACCAAGACAUCCUCCUCUCCACCACCCACAAAAAGUGAAGACCUGCCUUCUGAAUAUCUCAACAGUUCUUUGGCCAAACAAAAUCAGGCUCCACCCCCUCGCAAAUCAGACGAAGAACUGCAAGAAGAAGAGGAACUACAAUUGGCUAUAGCUCUAUCUCAGUCUGAGGCUGAACAUAAGCAGAAAUUGCCCUCAACCAGAGUCAAAAACUAUUCAUCACAGCAAACGACGCGCACCUCCAGUCCGCCAGUAGAAGACGUCGACCCCGAACUGGCGCGCUACCUGAACCGCUCCUACUGGGAGAAUCGGCCGCAGUCUGCGGCUCAGUCGCAGCCGCAGCCGCACAGCAGUCCCUCAGCGCCUGCCAACUUUGCCAGCAUGGUUGGCACCCAACACAAAGUGCUGAAUACCAGUGUAACGCCAACAGUGACGUCGCAAAGCCCUGUGGCCACGCAUGCGCAGAACGGGGCCAGUAGCGCUGUGGAAACGGACGCUCAGUUGGACGAAUUUGUGCUGUCGCUACAGGACCAGGUCGACGUGUUUGUCAACCGCAUGAAGUCUAACUACAGCCGCGGUCGCGCCAUCACUAACGACAGCACGGUUCAGAGCUCGUUUAUGAGCAUCACUGAUGCUCACUCGAAACUGUUGCGGUAUAUACAGCAGCAGGACGAUAGUCGAGUUUACUACGAAGGCCUACAGGACAAACUGGCCCAGGUGAAAGAUGCGCGCGCAGCUCUGAAUGCCCUGCGUGAGGAACAUAGGGAGAGGCUGAGGAGAGAGGCAGAGAUGGCCGAGCAACAGAGACAGAUGCAGAUGGCCCACAAGCUGGAGAUCAUGCGCAAGAAGAAGCAAGAGUACUUGCAGUACCAACGUCAGGUGGCCCUGCAGCGUAUACAGGAGCAAGAGAGGGAGAUGCAGAUGAGACAGGAGCAACAGAAACAGCAAUACAUGAUGGCUACCAACUAUAAUCCCAUUGCUUAUCAGCCCACCAUACCAGGGGGCUAUGAAACUCCAGGCGGUAUGAAUAUGGUGAUGAACCAUCCGCAUGCCAAUCCUGCAUUCGCCCCAGCUCCAGUGCCUGCUGGAUAUCAAUACCCCAUGAAUGAUUGGAGACCAAACUAUAUGCCUCCCCAAAACCAGCCCUACAUGAUGCAACCUGGGGGCAUGGUGAUGGGCGCGCCCCCCCAAAUGGGUGUCAGGGGGGCCCCGGGAAUGGGCCAGCCCCAAACGCUACCCACUGCAGCCCAGAUGGGGCCACAAACCCAGGGGGUACCUGGACAACUACAAAUGCAGACGCAACAAACCCAGGGUGGUAUGGGGCCCCAAAGUUUGCCCCCUCAGACUAUGGGACCCCAAAGUUUACAGCAACAAGGGGUGAUGGGGCCUCAAAGUAUGGGACCCCAAAGUUUACCCCAACAAGGUGGUAUGGGCACCCAAAAUUUGCCUCAGCAAGGUAACAUGGCGCCCCAAAAUCUACCUCAAGGAACAAUGGCACCCCAAAAUUUACCUCAAGGAACAAUGGCACCCCAAAAUUUACCUCAAGGGGGUAUGGCACCCCUGGGACAGAACCCGAUGGGCGGCAUUCCAAUGAGCCCCAAAUCCCAACAGGGGGGCACAGCCCCUACUCAAAAUGGCGUCGGAGCGCCCCAACAAGGGGGCCAAAUCAUGACCGGCCCCCAGAUGAUGAUGGCUAUCCAUGGUAUGGCCCCAAAUAUGCCCCCAGUGUAUCAACAACAAAUGCCCCAACAAAAUAUGCAGCAAAUUCCCCCCCAAAAUCAGCAGCCCCCCGAACCCCUAAAACAAGAACCCCCUCAAACGGCCGAGUUGAUCAGUUUCGAUUAGAUUAGAAUUUAAAUUUUUAAAUAUUUAGAUUAUAAAAUUGACAUACUAGUUUGUAAAUUUGAGUAGUUAUCUGCUUCAACCCACUAUAAAUGAAUGAUAAUAUAUUGAAUAUAUGUAUAAUUUUCAAAUCCAAAUACACUAUGGACCGUUUUUUAGGUCACUUAUAAUAAUUCUGGUGAGCUAUUAAACGUAUAUGGAUUUAAUAGACCAUCACAUUUAAUAAGUGUCCUAGGAAUCGGGCCUAUAUUACUUGUAUAUUGAUAGUUAUGUAAAUUUUGUAAACGGGUUGUAUUUGUGAGAAAGUGAUGGAGAUGAGUUUGAGAAGUUAUUACUAGAAAUAGAUUGAAAAUUUUGAGAGAGAUAAAAUGAAAAUAGGGUUGUGUUGAUAGAGACAAAAAAUGUAAAAAGUGUGUUUUGACUGGAAAUAAAAAAAUGUGAGGCAAUUUCUGGUAAUGACGAAUAAUGUUGUUUUAAGCUUCAAGUGGAAUGUUGUGUUGGAAAAUUCUGAAAAUAGUUGUUUUGGAAAGUUGAAAUUGUGAUUAAUGGCGGCUUGUGUAUAGACGAUAAAUUAAGAAGAAAGUUUAACCCGAGGAAAAUCUAUUGGAAAACAAAUAUAAGAAAUACAGAGUUAUCUAUAAUUUAUUAUAUGCUAUUCAAUGUCAAAGAUUUCUAAUAGUUUUUUAUUUGCUAUCUGCAAGAAAAGUAGAUUCAAAGUUGAGAUAUGUUUUGGGAAUAGUUGUCAGUUGUGUUAAAUUUUACAUUUAAAACUCGAAUGAAGUAUAAUUUUCGUUGCUCUGAUAAGAGGGAAAGUUCAGUAUGAAAUCUCAAAUAUCAUCGUUUUAAACUUUUGUAAUAUUUAGUGAAACGUUCGGAAAUUGAUCAGAAUAACCAUAGAGAAACAAUAGCUUGAGUAGAUAUCUCAUGGUACAGGGCGUUUAUGUCGCAACUUUUACUGUUAUCUCAAGUCGAUUACUAUCGAUUGUUGUAGAUGUUUACUGUUUUGUUGGGGUGAGAGUGUAUGAACGGCACAAUAUGAGAGACUAUCAACGUCACACACCUUUUUGGGAAAGAAAUACGUGGACUAUCAGGUUGAGAUAACAGUAAGAGUUGUGAUAUAAACGCCCCCUAUACCAUACGAUAUCUACUCAAGCUAUUGUUUCUGUAUGGAAUAACACAACAAUGAAAUUAGAGAGUCGAAAUAAAAUAUGGGUAAUCUACAUGAUAUAUAAUGUCAAAUUCUUUUGGUGCUAAAUUUGAAGUUGUACUAAGACUAUUUUGAAGACUAAAUUUGCAUGAUAUCCACAAAACUUUACUGAAGAUCAUGUUUUUCUAGUGGUCUAAUUAUUUCACAACAGUAUAUUCUCAAUAUAUCAACCCAGAAUUUAAUGUGAAACACGUUGAAUAAAUGAUAAAAAUAAAUAAAUUCCUGUAAGUAAUGAUAAAUACUACUUGAUCAUUCCAUUUAUUAUGGUGUUUGUGUGAUGAUUUGAUAAUAAUGUUGAGCCAAUUAACUAGUAAACCUACAUUUUCAUACAUCAGAAUUGUUGUUAGGGGAAAUAAUUUCAUUGAUAAGUUCAAUUUUUCAAAUAAGUUUCCCUCAAUAAGAGGUCCCAUUUCAUCUGAAUUUCCCAGUUCA